CCCAUAAAGUCCCCAAAGAAGAAGAAUCAUGCGCUUCAAUGCGGAAAAACAUCAGAAAGAGAGAAAAAGAUAAACAGAUCAGUUUCUAACACAACAGAAAGAGGAAGAGACGCUGGUUUAUUUCAGUUUUUGUUCAGCUGCAGAGUUCGCCUGUAUAAUAUAACAGACGUUUAGUUCUCUGGUUUCGCUCCACGGCGCCGACAGUGAAGUUCAGUCUGUUUACAUCCGGGCUUUAAACCGGACCCCCGCAGUCUCAUCAGCGCGUUAACCGUCCAACUCGGCGCUGCUUGGCGGCCGAGGAGUCUGCGGCUUACGCCCCUCAUCCAGCUCAGCCGCGGGGCACAAUGCACAGGAGGGGAGUCGGAGCCGGAGCCAUCGCCAAGAAGAAACUGGCGGAGGCCAAGUACAAAGAAAGAGGAACAGUCCUGGCCGAAGAUCAGAUCGCACAGAUGUCUAAACAGUUGGAAACAUUCAAAACUCAUCUGGAGGAGUUUGCCAGCAAACACAAGCAAGAGAUUCGAAAGAAUUCACAGUUCAGGGUUCAGUUCCAGGAAAUGUGUGCCACAAUAGGAGUGGACCCACUAGCGUCUGGUAAAGGAUUCUGGUCUGAGAUGCUUGGAGUUGGAGAUUUCUAUUAUGAGCUUGGUGUACAGAUAAUUGAAGUCUGCCUUGCUCUAAAGCACAGAAAUGGCGGACUCAUUACAUUGGAUGAACUUCAUCAGCGAGUAUUAAAGGGAAGAGGCAAGUUUGCUCAGGACAUGAGCCAAGACGAUUUGGUACGGGCCAUCAAAAAGCUGAAAGCGAUGGGGAACGGUUUUGGAAUGAUUCCUGUUGGAGGCUCCUAUUUAGUUCAGUCUGUCCCAGCUGAGCUCAACAUGGAUCACACUGUUGUUCUUCAGCUGGCUGAGAAAAAGGGCUACGUAACGGUGAGUGAGAUCAGAGACGGCCUCAAGUGGGAGAAAGAACGGGCAUGUCACGUACUUGACCACCUGCUGAAAGAAGGUCUAGCGUGGCUGGAUUCUCAAGCUGCAGACGAGCCACAGUACUGGCUGCCAGCCCUGUUCUCAGAACUUUCGUCUCGUGAUGUCACAGCUGAGGAGGCUAACCAGAUGACACCAUGACCAGAAGAAAUGACUCUUUAUAAACUGAGCAAUCAGCCAGGUUGAAUACUGUCCUUUAAAGUGCUGAAACUACAACAUGUAAUAAGUGCUUCCUUAACAUGCGAGUGUGAAAGCUAACUGAAAGAAUAACUGUCUUGAAAUGGAUAAUAAAAGCAUUUAUUUUCUGUAGAAAUUUCUAUAAA